AACUGUCACUUUAGACGUGUCGAUGUGUUGUUAUUGUUUUAUUUUGUUGAUUUUGCCAAUGAUUUAUUUUUUUGAAAAAAUAUAAUUAACAAAGAAAAUUUAAACAAAAAUAUAAUAAUUUCCAAAAUGGAUAUUGAAAAAUAUACUCUACAGUCCAUAAGGCAAGAGUUGAUAGAUAAUAAUCUACAGGCAAAGGCCAUAAUACAGGAUAUAAUAUCAUAUCGUGGCUCUAUACAUGAAUUGGAAGCAUUGAACGAGGCUGGUAGAGCUAAACUAGCUGCUUUACGGAAAAAUAUUGAUCGAUUAAAUGAUUGGGCAAGAGACACCGGUGAUCCGGCUUUAUCGAAAGAAGUUGACACACAAAGGGAACAAUUUUCAAAAGUUUUACAAGCGUUCCGUAAGGCUAAUGUAGCCACCAUGCUGGAGAUCGAAAAGGCCAAUCGUGAGGAAUUGAUGGCCAUAACAGGAGAAACCGAUUUAAGGCAACGUCACAAUGCAACAACUGACGGCAGUGGUGGAAAAGCGACACGUCAUAAUCGCAGCAAUCUAGUAUCACAGGAAAAUAAUGUUACUGAAAAAAUGUUGGCUAUUUCGCGACAUCUAUCCGAGACCACUCAAAAAAGUGCCAUCACUUUGGAGACCCUGGUGGCUUCCUCACAAAAUGUCGAAGCCACUCGUGAUGAAUUACAAAAUACAGCUGGCACAAUUUCACAAUCUGGAAAAUUGCUUAAGAAAUAUGGACGACGUGAGUGCACCGACAAAAUGUUGUUGUUCUUUGCAUUUGCAUUCUUUUUGGCCUGUGUCUUUUACAUUGUACAAAAGAGACUGUUCUAGACUGAGCUCAAAAAAAUUGCUAUAAAUAGUUGAAUAUGGCUUAAAAAAUAUAUGUUAUAACAGAUAUGUUGGUCUGUAUAACAGUUGCUGAAUGUGUUUGUUUCUUAAUUUUAUUGAAGGCUGGCCUCUCAGGGUUUCUUUUCCACGCUGAGCGGAUAUGAUACCUUUAUUUCCAGAUUGUUUUGUUUAGGGAAUAUUUAAAUGAUUAUUGUUUUAGUGUAUGCAUUUCUAAUGUGUAGUAAAGAUAAACCUAAAUUUUAAAAUAUUAAUACUAUAAACUAAUGCUUAUAAAAUAAUAGUCUUAAAUUUAAAUAAAUAUUUUAAAUUAUCAAAAUAUGUCGCUUUUUUCAUAUGUACACUAUAAAUAAAAAAUGAUUAUAUUUAUUUAUUUAAAAAAUUUAA